GAGCUUUCAGACCGACCGGCGACCGACCCCACCUUCCCUCCGCCUUCCCCGAAGCCACGCUUCUCGAAGCUCGCUUCUCUUUCUCUCUCUCUCUCUCCGGCUCGACCUCCUCCUCCUCCGCGUCCUCCAUUACCGGUAGCUCGGAAUCCGCCGCCGGCCUCCGACGAUCGCCGCCCCCUCGCCGGGCCCGGAGAUCCGGAUCCCCGCCGCGCUCGGUAUUUGUUUGAUUUGAGAUUUUCCACUGUGCCUUGGACAUUUGAGUUCUAUGGUUGCAAGAUGAGGCUGUUGACAUCCUCUGGAGACAUGUUGAACUUGUUAACGGUCUAAAAGUUUGUCACCAGCAGGGUGAUGGCAUCUAGUACAAAAUCUGACUUGAUGUCUGGUAGUCCUGAUGGGCAUGGAUACUUCAGUGGGCAACGUGGACUGUAUUCAGCUGCUUCGUUGGAAAGGUCAGCAAGUUUUCGUGAGAGUGGCGAUAGUUAUGCAGCAUUCCCAGUAUCAGGUUCAUCAAGGUCACCAGCAGUUGACUCUGCUACUCUGCUUCAAUCACUUGCCAUGGACUUGCGGACAACAACUUUGGAGCCAAAGACAUCUCGGUUGGAUGUAAAAAAAUCAAUAAGUUUGAUUCUUGGAAUUUCCCCUGAAGAGUCUACAUCAACUCCAUGCACAGGACGGAACUCAUCUCUUCCUUUUGAAGAGAUUAGACGCAUGAAGAAUAAUCUUAGUGACAUCUCAAACAAAGCUAGGGAAAGAUCUAGAGCUUAUGGUGCUGCUGUAACAAAGAUUGAGAGAUGUUGCCCGAAUAUUUUGCGGAAGCGUUCCAGAGGAGAUGGUUCAUCAAAUGAACGAUCUACUGCAUUGUUGUCUGGAGGACUUAUAUCCAAGAUGCCCCCCCAAGGCCAUCUAAAUGCAGAUGACACAGAACUGGUAUCUCCGAGAGGAGAAGAGAGGAUAAAGAAUGCAGGACAGAAUAGGAGAUUACGCACAUCCAUGUCCGAGAUGGAUGCAAGGACCACUGUUCUGUCAAGGGGACUGGGCUCUACUGAUAGAAGUGCAGAUCCUGGCAAAGUCACCGGUGGUGGUCCAGCAGUUCCAGAAGAAAAAAUUAGGGGGCUAGCAACUGGUAUUGAUGGUUGGGAAAAGCCAAAGAUGAAGAAAAAACGUUCUGCUAUUAAGGCAGAUGUUUCAAUGACUGGUCCUUCAAGAAAUGUUGAUGUAGACCGGGAGCAGAAACCAGGGAUGCAACACAAAUUUAAUAAUGAAGCUAGGGCAAGAAUGACAAACUCCCCUAGUUUUAGGUCUGGAACUGUCUCAUCAGUCUCGAGCAUUAGUAAAUCAGAUUUACUUUCUGGACAAAAUGGGGUUGGGCGAUCCUUAAGUAGGAGUGAUCAAGACAGUGGAUUCCAUCCUACUAACAAAAGGGAUCGUCAAGCUGUUUUAGAUAAGGAAAUAUCAGCUCCAAAAUCUCAUAACAAGCCCAGCGAAGAUGAUGGUGGUGCCAAUGUCACUGCAGUACCAAAGGCAAAUGGGUCUACUAGGGGACCCCGUUCGAAUUCUGGUUCAUUACUGAAGUCAUCGCCAAACAUUCAUAGGUUGCAAGCUAAUUCUGAUGAUUGGGAACAUCCUUCUGGCAUGACUAAGCUUAAUUCUACUAGUGGAUCUGGCAAUCCCAAACGUACAAAGUCUACACAUUCAUUAUCCCCUCCCACCCAGUGGGGUGGGCAGAGGCCUCAGAAGAUAUCACGUUCAGCAAGAAAGUCAAAUUUAGUCGCUAUUAUCACAAACACUGAUGGUCAAUCGGUAUCAGGUUCGCUUGAAAGUCCCUCUAUCAAUGAAGAGUCUGCCGGAUUACCUAGGCGUGCUUCUAUAAAUUGUUCGCAACAAACUAGACGGGGAGAUCAUGGUCUUUCAACUGGAUCUGAGGGUGAUGAAUCUGGUGUUGCUGAGAAAAAGUUAAGGGACAAAAGCAAAAGGGCUGGGGAACUAGAUGACGGGCACUCUGGUUUUCAAAAGAUCGCAAUGCUUGGCCAUCCUUCCAAAAGGAAUAAGUUAUCUGCUGAUGAUGAUGUUGGAGAUGCUGCACGAAGACAAGGAAGGAUCGGACGAGGUUUUACUCCAACCAGGCCCAGCACCCCUGCAUCAAUUGACAAGCUUGAAAAUGCUCCAACUACAAAACAAAGAAGUGUUAGGACAGUCACUGAGAGAAAUGAAAGUAAAUCUGGAAGACCACUGAUAAAGAAGAUGUCGGAGCGCAAAGGCAAUGCACGUCCUAGACAUAUAAGUAGCAAUGCGCAGUUAGACUCUCCUGUGCAAUCGGAAGAUGAUCAUGAGGAGCUCCUUGCUGCAGCAAAUUCUGCUCUAAGAUCUGCUAAUUCAAGUCCAUUCUGGCGGCAGGUUGAACCAUUCUUUAGUUAUCUGACAACAGAAGAUAUAGCCUAUUUAAGUCAGCAGAUCCAUUUAUCGGAUGACUCCACCGCGAGCAGGUCAAUUGAAGGUGAUGAAAGUCGGAAGUACAAGGGUAGUCUUGAAUACAUCUCGCAACCAUCAACUCCGGCUGGUAGCAACAAAGAUGACCAUAGCGCUCUUCAAAAUGGGUAUACCCUGAAUGAGAUAGAUAAUGAUGUAGGGAUUGCAUGGGAGACAAGCUGCAUUGAACCUAUCCUGGAUCAACUUGUCCAAGGAAUUGGGGCGCGAGGAGGUGCAUCAGUUGGCCAAAGACUUAUGCAAGCUCUGAUUGAUGAAGACAAGGUUGAUAAUAUUACCAACAACAUUUACAGAAGUGAAACAUAUCCAUUUGAUACACAUGAAAUUCAUUUCGAGGAAGGAGGAUGGAAAUCGCAUUCACAGGGUUAUAAGUUGGAGUCUUUAAUGAACUUUGAAGCUGCAGGGAAAGGUUCUAAUGGUUUGAUGUUAGAUUCUGAUUGGAAAUAUCAUGAUGAACUAUCACAUAAAGGCAAUAAUGCCAUGGAGAAGGCCAAGGUGUGGCCUGAGUUUCAGUACAGUGAGAUGUGCUUCAGUGAUAGGAUCAUCAUUGAGCUAAGUGAAGUUGGUGUAUCCAUUGAACCCGUGCCUGAUCUUGCCCAGAGUGAAGAUGAAGAUAUCAAUUCCGAAAUCUGCAAAUUAGAAGGCCAACUUCAUAAAGAGGUUGUAGAUAAGAAAAACUUGCUACGGAAGCUGGAUGGCAUUCUUAGAACUAAAAAGGAGUCACAGCACAGGGAAUUUUCACGGCGUGCCAUGGAAAGGCUUUUGCUGAUAGCGUAUGAGAAAUACAUGGCCUUCUGUGGUUCUUCAAGUAGCAAAAAUGUAAAUAGAGCUGGCAAACAUGCUGCUCUAAGUUUUGUUAAACGAACAAUAGCACGUUGCCAGAACUAUGAGGAGUCAGGAGCUUGCUGCUUUGAUGAGACCCCUUUCAAGGAUAUGUUUGUAUCAGCAACUUCUCACAGAAGCGACCCAGAUUCUGCUUCACAAGACAAUAUUACGGUACCAAAAUCAGUCCAAAGGGCUAGUACAUCAGAUGCCUCUCGAGCAAGCAGUCACCUUACGGAUCUGUCAUUUUCGAAGGAGGAUCCCUGGACAAAUAAUGUAAAACAACGGGAAUUGUUGCUUGAUGAAGUUGUAGGUAGCAUAACAGGAGGAACCCUGAAAACGUCUGGCCUUGGUACUUCCCUUGUGAGCAACACAAAAGGAAAGAGAAGCGAGAGGGAAGGGAAGGGGCACAACCGAGAUGGUAGCAGAUCUGGGCGCCCGUCAUCAUCCAAUGCAAAAGGAGAAAGGAAGAAUAAAACAAAACCCAAACAGAAGACAGCCAACAUAUCUGCUCCUGUCAGCAGCGCUCUAACUAGGGAUCCACAGUCGCAGGCCAAAAUAACGCCUUCUGGCAACGGCAGGGACAAUACCUCUGCUGCUAGUGCUAGGCAUGAGGAACCAGCAAAUGCAUCGAAUGACGCAGAAAUGCCGGACUUGUCAAACCUGGAGCUCCCAGGAAUGGAUGUUGAUUUCGGCGGCUGGUUGAAUAUAGAAGACGACGACGGACUCCAGGAUCUAGACUUGAUGGGCCUGGAGAUCCCCAUGGACGACAUCAAUGAGAUUAAUCUCAUGAUAUAACCGUAGCUUGUUUAUCUACGGGCCCCCCAUAGAAAGCUUCCUAUAGUGCACAGGUAACAGGUGAUUUUCUCAAGAUAACCACCAACCCCAGCAAGUUUAACACAAGGCCAGAUAGGCUCCAGGUAGUUUUGGUAAAGUUUAUAGAGACCUCUUCACAUUCCACUCUCCCACUUCCUCUCUGUAUCAGCGUGUACUUAUGCCUCCCUACCUUGUGCCGUAUGUUACUCUGUGGUGUACAUAUCUAUUUUGGUACGGUACGAGGUAGAGUGGCUUAAUUGCUUCAUUUAUCCAGAGAAAUGUGUACUCAAAAGGCUGUACAUAUAUGAUCAUCAUCCCUAAUGCUGAAAUAAAACCACGCCAGUUAUAGCUU